AUGCGAGGGACCUAUGACAAGAUCAAGCUCGACCUCGAUCUCCAAGUCGGCUUCAUGGGCGAGGGCCCCCUGCUAGAGGUACCGAACGCACGCGGGAUUGUCGACAACGUCAAUCGCGUGUCACAAGCGCUACGGUCUGUGGGGGCGACUAUUGCCUACGUCCAAUACAAGCUUGAUGCCGACGAGCCGCAUCGGUGGGGGUCCCAUUACGACAGCAUGACUCCGGAUGCCGCUAAGCGGAUACGAACGGCGUUCAGCGUUGGCAAAGACCAGCACGCCUUCUGUCCCGGCCUCGACGUCCAGCCGGAAGACAUUAUUGUGCCAAAGAGGCGGUGGAGCGCCUUCAUCCUGGGAACCUGCGACCUUGACGCGCUUCUCAAGGCCAAGUGCAUCGACACGCUCAUUAUCACGGGCACCACCAUCAACAUCCGCUGCGAGUCGACUAUACGGGACGCGAUGCAGAUGGGCUAUAAUGUCUUGUUCGAGCAGGAUGGAAACGCGACGCGCGACAACGCGGUUCACAAUGCCAACCUUCUGAACAUGCUUUCUUCUGAACAUGCUUUUCCUUGGCGAUGUUGUCCCCGCUAA